CGCAGCGGACUUUUGCCAAACACAAGCUAGUUAGCGUCUAGCGAGCGGCUCACAACGCAGAUCAGAUGUAUUACAGCAACUGUAUUAAGCUACUGUUUGCGUCGAUGCGACGUCAACUGUACUAACGUCUGCAUGGUUGUGCGCGCGAACAAACGUGCUCGUGACACGGUUUGCUAACGUUAGCUGCUCACCGAGCAACUCGGUUGGGAAAUGGGAAAAACCGCAAGAAAGGAAAGGGGGCAGCUCAAGCAGGACCAAAGGGCAUGCGUCUCCCAGCGCCUCCUCAACCCAGACCUCCUCAACAAGGAGGCUUUCGCGGACCUGCUCCCGGUUUCCAGAUGGGCCCCUGACACAGGUUUCCUGCGCCCCAUCACGACUUCGGACAGCAGCCCCCCAGAAUGAGGAUGAUGGACGACAUGGAAAGAGAUCGAGGGUUUAUGCAAGAGCCGCAGGGAUUCAUGGUGAACGACGGGCCUUUUAACCGGAUGGAUUUCCCCGACAGGCACGAAUGUCGCCCUCGCUUUGAGGGACCUGAUCCAGCUUUCCGUCAUCAAGAGUUUGGAAACAGACCGCCUGCACCAGCUUUACCGUUUUACCGUCCAGAGCUUGAGUAUGAACCGCGUUUCCGUUCCCCGGAGUUUUGUGACAGACCUCGAGACUUCUGUCCGCCCGAGUUUAGGGGCAGACCCCCGAACUUCCGCCCUCCUGAGUUUGACGGGGGGCCAGGUUUCCACAUGAUGAACCCUGCUUUCGACCAAAUGGAGCAGUUUGGUCCAAGAGACCAACAUUAUAUGCCGCCAAUGGACCCCCAUGGCAAUCAUUCGUUUGGAGAGAGAGGAGGGUUUGCUGCACCGCUGGCACCUGAUUUCCGGGGCCCGGGGCCGGUACAGCCACCAUCUGAGGCGUUCAGUAGCGCGCCUCGUCCCGCCUGUUCACCCCAACCUCCACAGAAAAAAGAUCAGCUGGCUCCGAAAGAGACUGAACCGCCUAAAUCGAUGGCUUUAAAGAUAUCAUCGUUCAAGAAUAUCUCUGCAAAGUAA